UCGUCUGUCCCGCCUGCCAUCCCUUAUCCUUUCAAUUCUCCCUUCUCUCUCCGAUUCUUCACUCAAAAAUGUCUUCUUUAACAAGAUCCAUUCCCAUGGCAGACUGUUGUUUCCUCGUUUCUCUCCCUUCGCUCUUCACCUCACGCUCCAAACGCUCAACUCUCCUCCCCUUUCCCCCAAAACCCAUAAAUUUUUUCCUCUCAUCUUCCCGUUCUUCAUCCUCUUCGACCCUCAAAUCCAAAACCCAUUUCCCAUCCCUAGUUCCCUUCGUCGCCCAGGCUUCAGACUGGGCCCAGAAAGGGGAAGAAAAUGACCCCACCAUUGCCAUUGGUGAAGAAGAGGAACCCAAAUGGGAAAACGAUGAAAGCGAUGGGCCUGAAGCAAGCUGGGGAGCUGAAGAACAAAGUGUUGAUUCAGAAGAAGAGGUUUCUGAACCUCCUGAGGAAGCUAAAUUGUUCGUUGGGAAUUUGCCCUUUGAUGUUGAUAGUCAGAGUUUAGCUAUGCUCUUUGAGAAAGCCGGAACCGUUGAAAUUGCUGAGGUUAUUUACAAUAGAGAAACUGAGCAAAGCCGUGGAUUCGGGUUCGUAUCGAUGAGUUCAAUCAAGGAAGCCGAGAAGGCUGUUGAUCUAUUUAAUCGUUAUGAUCUCAAUGGAAGGCUCUUGACUGUUAAUAAGUCUGCUCCUAGAGGAUCACGUUUAGACCGACCCCCUCGUGUUUUCGAAACUGCAUUUAGACUCUAUGUUGGUAACCUUCCAUGGGAUGUUGAUAAUGCUCGACUGGAGCAGGUAUUCAGUGAACAUGGUAAGGUAGUCGAGGCUCGUGUAGUGUAUGACAGGGAGAGUGGCCGAUCACGUGGUUUCGGUUUUGUCACUAUGUCCUCAGAGACCGAAUUGAAUGAUGCCAUCGCUGCUCUCGACGGACAGAGCCUGGAUGGAAGAGCCAUAAGAGUGAAUGUAGCAGAGGAAAGACCAAGGCGAGGCUUCUUUUGAUCUUCAGAUGAUGAUUUUAGUUUUAGCUUUUGCCAUUAAUUUCAAAAGAUUUGCUUGGAUGAGUCUAUUUAUGCACUUUUUGCCCUUGAGAAAACUAUUUUUGUUAUAAUUUUGUUUAAUUUUGAUCACCGAAAUUUGAAGAA